CAGCGCAUUAACAAGAUAUCUAUUUUCUGACAUACAAAGACAUCAGAUUGUCAUCCGACCUAUGUCUUGCCGAACCCCCGAUCUAUGUCCGCGUGAAGUAGCCCCCAUCACGUGCGCGGCAAAACCCCGGCCCAAAAUAUCUCGCCCUCAAACGACCGCGACUUCACCCUAGCACCACCGCACUCCAUCCCGCCGCCAUGGUCCUGCGCAUCCGCCUGUCGCGCUUCGGCAAGAAACAUGCGCCAUUCUACAACAUCGUGCUGACGCACGCCCGCACCGCGCGCAACUCGCGGCCCCUCGAGGUUCUCGGCACGUACAACCCGAUUCCGCAACCACCGCGACCGGGCGACACCUACGGACGGCCAUGGAAGGAUAUCCAGCUCGAUGUGAGCAGGGCGCGGUACUGGGUUGGUGUGGGCGCGCAGCCGAGUGAUACCGCGUGGCGGUUGUUGAGCAUGGUUGGCAUUCUCGAGCCGCAGUACCGCAUCUCCAAGAUCCAGGGCCAGGUCAUCAAGGCCGAUUCGGCGGCGAAGUCGCUGUUGCCGGAGACACCCGUUACGCCUCCCGCGGAAGCAGAGGUCACGCAGGAGCAGAAGGCCGAGGCGUGAGCGCGUGCAUUGGGAGGACCGCCAUCUGGCGCCACAGUGGAGGACUACCGCGAAUGACGACAGCUGGGUUGGGCAGUGGAAUUGGAAUGCUAAAAAACGAUGAUUGAGUUGAUCAACGCGAAGAGAGAACGCAGAGGCCGAGAGCAAAAGGUCGCUUGGUCGGACGAAAGAUGAAAGACCAAUGAGAUGCAUGAAUGGGCGUUAUUUGGUAUACCACGAUGUAGACAUUGUAUCAUAUACCUCACACCAGAGGACUUGUACAUGCUGUAAGAAUAGAAAGCUGCCUCGGGCGAGCUCAAUACCAAUUCGCCGGGCGUUAUUCGUCCAAAACCUCA